CGUUACGACUGCGCGGCAGCAAAUUUUUUUAAAUGUACUGAUAACUGUGCAUUCCUAAUUUAAAUUUAAAGUAAAUUAAUUUAUUUAAAAAAAGGAUCUUUAUUUUUUUUUUUUACUAUCAGUGCCUUUUCCACUUUCUUUCACUUUCUCUGCACUGACGUUUUUUACGCGUGAGUGAGGUUAACUUCGCUGUCAGUGAUUCGUAUUGUUGUUUUGACAUUUCGUGUUAUCUCACAGUAAUCGUACUGUUUUGAUUUAAUAUCGUAAAUUAAUAUUAAAUUCGUAGGCAGCAAAGGAUUAGUGUGUGUAGUGAGUUUGAGAGGCUUUAGAGAUACGAGGAACAAAGUGAUAUUCUUUAUGUGAUCUGGUUUUGGCCACUGAUUUUGAUAAAGCCAGUUCGUUUAGACUGCAGUGUUUUGUACUUGUGAUUUUUAAAGGAUUGCUUUUUACUGGGAAUUGAAUAAGUCGACAGAUCAGAUAUAAUUGGGAUGAGCUGCGUUAAUUAUAAGUAGAAAUGCUGUUAAGGAAUCGGGGUUGCAUUGUGUAAUGUCGCAGCUCUGAAGAUGUCUUGGGACACGAUGAGCCUGCUGGGGGUGGGGCGGCACUUCGCCGGCGUGGGGCGGCUGCGGCGCGCGCUGCUGCUCCUCGCUGCCGCCGCCUGCACCGCCGCUGCCCUGCUCUAUUGGCGGCAGCAGAGUGACGAGAACACACACAGGCCGCUGCAUGCUAUGUACACAGGCGGUGAACCACAGUGGAGUUGGAUCUGCAGAAACGACCGAUGCGAGCGCAUGCUGGCAUCAGAGACGACUACCCUACAGUCGCUAGUAACAUGCAACAUGCUCUGCGCGUCGACGCAACUGUGGCCACAGCCCACCGGGCCAGUCAGCCUGGCGACAGGCGCUGUUCCUGUCCGUGCUGACUCCUUCUCACUUCAUGUAAUUGCAUCCCCAUCGCCUGACGUCACCGAUCAUCUAAACGACGCGUUCGCGUUAACAAAGGAGGAUAUGCGAAAUCUUGAGCGAGGCGUCAGUAGCUCGCGUCGAGACGAUGUAGGUACACCUCGCGCUGUACGCGUAAGGGUAUUCGUCAACGGCUCCGGCGACCCACGUCUUCGAUUAGACACUGACGAAAGCUACAAGCUUUCUUUAGGCUUUGAUAGGCAAGAGCUUGUGGCUAAUAUCACAGCGCAAUCUUUCUGCGGCGCACGACAUGGCUUCGAAACGCUUUCGCAACUAGUCUGGGCAGAUCCUUACGCUGGAUCACUACUUAUAUUGACAGCAGCUGUGAUAGACGACGCACCAAGGUUUAAAUUUAGAGGAUUUUUGUUAGACACUGCCCGAAACUUUUUCCCUGUGAGUGAGUUGCUUCGUACAAUAGAUGCUAUGGGCGCAAAUAAGCUGAACACUUUCCAUUGGCACGCUAGUGAUUCGCAAGCGUUCCCACUCCAACUUGCGAGUGCGCCUCAGCUGGCAGCGCACGGCGCAUACGGUGCAGGAGCGAUAUAUACCACUGAUGAGAUACUAGCGGUAGUUCGGCGGGCGCGCCUACGCGGUGUAAGAGUUUUAUUAGAAGUAGACACCCCAGCGCAUGUGGGACGUGCCUGGAGUUGGGGUACCAGCGCUGGGCUCGGCCAGCUCGCGUACUGUGUUGAAGCCGAACCGUGGAGCGUGUACUGCGGAGAACCGCCGUGCGGUCAGCUGAACCCUAAAAACCCACACGUUUAUGCUUUACUAGAGAAGAUCUAUGCAGAAAUUAUCUCAUUGACUGGGGUAGACGAUAUCUUCCAUCUUGGUGGAGAUGAGGUGUCAGAACGCUGCUGGUCGCAGCACUUUAACGACUCAGAUCCAAUGGAAUUAUGGCUUGAGUUCACCCGACGGGCUUACCGAGCGCUGGAGAAAGCCAAUAAAGGCAAAGCACCAGAAUUGACCUUGCUUUGGUCUUCUCGGCUAACACGCUCGCCUUAUUUAGAGCGGUUAGACUCGAAGCGUAUCGGCGUGCAAGUGUGGGGAGCGUCGCGAUGGCCCGAAUCCCGUGCGGUGUUAGAUGCAGGGUUCCGCUCAGUUAUAUCGCACGUGGACGCAUGGUACUUAGACUGCGGGUUCGGAUCUUGGCGAGACAGUUCAGACGGGCACUGUGGGCCGUACCGUUCGUGGCAGCAGGUGUACGAGCACCGGCCGUGGAUGGAGGAGGGCGGAGGAGGAGGGGUGUCUAGUGCCGGCGAGCAGGUGCUGCCGUGGCGGAUAGAGGGCGGGGCAGCGUGUCAAUGGACUGAGCAACUGGGACCAGGCGGCUUAGACCCGCGAGUGUGGCCGAGAACGUCGGCGCUCGCUGAGCGACUGUGGUCAGACCGCGGCGCGGGGGCAGAAGCUGAUGUAUACCUACGCUUAGACACGCAGCGCUCGCGCAUGGUGGCUCGGGGGGUGAACGCGGCGCCGCUUUGGCCCCGCUGGUGUACCCAGAACCCUCACGCGUGUCUCUAGCUAGUGCCGACGUGCGACUAUUGCGAUAUCUUAGUCAAUGCCUCGAUUACGUUGUUAUAUCUAUCCAACGAUGCCACAAACAGUUUGACUACAAUUUUAAC